AUGAAUGUUACUGACUUUGAAAAUGGAUAAAUAAAACCAGUAGAAGCAAAAGGCUGGAGACGACCGCCGGAAAAUUGAGAGGAUAGGCGUUGCUACAACAUAGUCACCGGAGGGCGCCGGAGUGCCUACUCUUCACAUGGAUUACACCGGGCACAAUGCCUUAGCAGGAACCUGCAAAGGUCUUCAAAUGCAAGGUACUAACAGUUCCAUAUGCCAUCGAGCUUAUGGAAGUACAAAAAUGGCUAGAGUAAAAGAAUCACAUGGAAGGGAUAAUAUGGACGUGACUUGUGAAAUUCAUAGAAUGGAGAUGGAAGCAUAUAACGCUGUCUUGAGGGCUUUCAUUGCUCAAUCUAGUGUUCUUUCCUGGGGUAAGGAAGGGCUUAUUACGGAGCUGCGGAAGGAGCUCAAUGUUACAGAUAUAGAACAUCGAGAACUCCUUAUGAAAAUAGAUUCAAAUGAAUCCAUCAGAAUGAUAAGGGAAUGGCGGAAGGGUACUUCCUACGCUCAAGAUCCACCCCCCUCUAAAAUGAACACUGCUGGUAUUGUUCCUAGUUCAGAAAGAUAUGCUGCACAGAAAAAACUGAAGACUUCACAUACAUCUGUUCCAAAGUCUCAGAAAUAUAUAUCACACGGUCAGCCUUCUUCACCAGCUGAUCCUGCUUCUGUGCCGGCAAAAUUGAAGAAUGGUGAAAACCACAGAGAAUUGGUUGUUUUCUCCACUGGGAAUGCUGGGCUGCCAAUGAAUGCAGUUGGUCAUAAAAUUCAGGAUCCAUCUUCAAUCAAAGGUAGAGCUACAGGAGCAUCACAAACAAAGAUGGCUUUUCAUGCUCCUGAUGGUGGUAAUUUCAAGAAAAGAUAUGAUCUUAUUGAAAUCCGAGAAACAGAUAAGCUAAUUCAAGAGGUGGAGAGGAUGAUCUUUGGAAGAGAGAGCCCUGAUCUAUAUCGAGUUGAGAGUGCAAAAUCAAUCCUUCGAGAGCAUGAAGCAGCCAUCCUUGAAGCACUUGCUAAACUGGCUGAAGUGGCAGAUGCUGAUGAUCAUCCCAAUCAUUUGCAGCAUCACUUCUCCCAUGAUGAGCUUCCAGGAAUUGAGCAGCAAAUGGUGUUACGGAACAACUUCUAUGGAGGGCACAUGGAUCGGCUGAAUGGCUAUUUUGGUGAAGGUUUUGUUCAAACUCAUUUUGAUAGAUUUGGAGGACAUUGCAACAACAAUUUGCAAGAUGAUGAAGACACUCUUUGAUGGGGCCUGACUAAUUUACCACAUGCAAGCUGCUGUAGAUAUGAAGAGAUGAAGAAAGAACACAUCUCAGUUGUACAGGUUUCCACACAAGGGAAGGUUGGUACAGUUUUCCCCCUUGUUUUGAGUUUCUGCUUCAUUUUGUAGGCGGUGGAAUUUGGGUCCCUAACCUAUAGCUUACUGUUACCAACUGAAUAUUUGAUUUUGAUUCUCCUUAUUCUUCAGAAAUUGCUUUCUGAUCAUUAGGGAAUUAAAUUACUUAGUUUUGUGUAUCAAAGGCAACUGAGAUGUGCUUUAGCUGACAUUUGCUCUAGGUUUUUCUGUAUCGAGUGUAUAUGCUCCACUGGUUUGUGAUCUGAAACAGCAUCAAAAUUAAAUCCAACAGUGAUCCUAGAAAUGGGUUUGCCUAGUUGGGAUUGUUUUCA